AUGUUGCACCACCCCCGUCACCGCCCACGGCUGUUGCGACAGCGGCAGGAUAGCAACAGCGCCCUCCUCCCCGUCUCUGGCUCCGUCGUCGUCAGUAACCCGACUCCAACUGCGUCUGCUCUCGUCCAGAACACAGCUGCAGUGGCUUCCGGCACACAAGCAGGCGUACCGCUCGUCCCGUCUUCAGAUAGUUCCCAACCAACCAUAACCACUGCCGUAUCCGACCCAUCUACGGCCGCCACCUCCGCCGCCGCCACCACUUCAGACAAUCAAAUUCCCUUAAGCACGGUCAUUGGCGCGUGCGUCGCGGCGUUCGCAGUGCUCAUUCUUGCUGCCCUACUCGCCCUCUAUUGUUCUAAGCGCCAAAAAUUAAACCGAAAGCGUUCUCCGCCUGGGUGCCACCGUAACGCCGCAAAUGAUGUUUCGCGUCGUCGCUCUCAUCUCGAGCCUUGGGGUCGCUUACCAGAUGUCAAUGAAGAUCGUUGGGAAGGAAAAUUAUCCAUGAGACAACGUCCCCUUUCAACUCCUAUUGAGAAGUUGGCAGCGAUGUUCAAUCGUUCCCCGAGUACCACCUCUGGGGAGAAGUCAUCCGAGGGCCCUCACGUUCGCGAAUCUUUUGGCACAUUACAACCUUUCGAGAAAUACCAUCCUGACUUGGCUGCUGAGAUGGCUUCGCAGGCUGCUAUCGCAGAAACAGAUGCCAAGAUCACGAAACCACCUCCAGCACGGACAUUUGUGGGCCAUGUAGAGUCUUUCUCAUGGGACGGGGAAACUGUCCGGGGAGACUCUUUCUUGUCGAGAGGGUCACGGUUAUCAGGAAAUAUGUCACCCACUAUGAUGUGCAAGGAAAAGGUGACCCCUGCAGCGACAGGGUCAGAUCUGCAUCGCUGGCAAAGCGCAGAAGUCCUGCACACAGAUCAUCUGGAACGUGCAGAUGGUAAACAGAAUCCUUUCGCGGACACCGCGAUCGUUCCGCUGAAGAUGGCGGCAAGUAACCCCUUCUUCAAUGCACAGGAAAAGCCAACCAAACGGACGCUGCUUCCAAACACUACGGCAAAUCCUUUCGCUGACUUAUACUCAAUUACUGCACCCCCUACAGAAUCUACCACCAAUCCACCUCCUACCGGCAAUGGUCGAGCCCUACAAUCUCUCAUUGCGGCACUCGAAACGUCUCCUGCGGAGGUGGAGGGGCGUUUUCGCGCCAUUUCUAUGCAAUCGUCUGUUUAUUCCCGGGGUUCGUACCUAGCGAGCGAAACCGGCGAGGAUGCCAUCAGUAUAGCAGCUUUUCCUUAUCCUCCGACUUAAAUUCCGCACGCAUUGUUUUGCUCUCGUGGUGCUCAAGACCGUCCAAUUGCAUCGCUAGCCAUACGCCCUCCUUGCACAUCCUUACUUCCGACUACGUAUGUUAUUUCGUUUUUAUGUGUUGUUUCCUGUUUCCAUAUUGUGCAUAUCUAUACCUUUAUUAUGUUUUCACACAUGUACAGGCCGGGCGCGCACGCCGAUCUGGUAUCGACACCCACUUGGUCACUCCGUUUCACGCGUUACUUCGUGUACCUUGUUCUCGCACUUUGAUCGAUACUGGAAUGCGCGUUUUCCUUGUGCAAACAUGGCCUCCCACUUGCCCGUUUUUCCCCUUCGUCUCGUCACACGUAGGAGUACAUGCAAAUAUACAUCUGGUGAAUCGAAUGUCUAGCUCACAAUGUGGCCUUUCAACGACGGCACACCAUCGCAGGGCAGUCUCAAAUAUACUUGGC